AUGUCAAGCCGAGGAAAGACUACAGGCAAGCUCCGGGCCAAGGCCAAAUCCCGCUCUUCACGUGCCGGCCUCCAAUUUCCAGUGGGUCGUGUCCACAGACAUCUGAGGAAGGGAAACUACGCCCAGCGAGUGGGGGCCGGUGCCCCUGUCUACAUGGCAGCUGUGCUCGAAUACCUGACUGCUGAGAUCCUGGAGCUUGCUGGAAACGCAGCCAGAGACAACAAGAAGACCAGGAUCAUCCCCCGUCACCUCCAACUGGCCAUCAGAAAUGAUGAAGAGCUCAACAAACUGCUGGGAAAAGUGACCAUCGCUCAGGGCGGAGUGCUGCCUAACAUCCAGGCUGUCUUACUGCCAAAGAAGACUGAGAAGGCUGGAAAGACCAAGCAAUAA